AUGCCUUGUACAGAAGAAUCCGAACAUUGGAAUUAUGAUAAUCCAUCUGAAUGGCCAAAAUAUUUUUCAGCAGCGUCUGGUUUAUCUCAAUCACCUAUUGAUAUAAAUAUAAAUGAAAGUAUUUCUCAGUCAUAUCCACCAUUUGUAUUUUCUUCAAAAUAUUAUUCGGAUGAAUUAUUUAAAUUAACAAAUAAUGGUCAUCAGGUAGCGGUAACAUUAGCUGAUCGUACAUAUGGACAAAGUGAUAAAGAUUUAUGGUUUACAGGUGGUGGUAUAGAAGGAACAUUUUUUUUUGUUAAUUUUCAUUUACAUUGGGGACGAAAUGAUCGACAUGGUUCCGAACAUCAAAUAAAUGGAUAUCGUUUUCCAGCUGAAGCACAUGUUGUUUUUAAAAAUCCGGCAACAGGACAAUUAGCUGUAUUUGCAUUUUUAUUUACUAUUACUAAUGAUCCAUCUGGAGAAAAUCUUGAAUGGAAAAAAUAUACUGAUGUAUCGAGUCAAUUAAAAAAUGCCAAUGAUACAAUGCAAUGUAUGUUUAACCUAAGUCGAUUAAUGCAAGUUAAUGAAAGAAGUUUUAUUCGUUAUAUGGGAAGUUUAACAACACCACCAUGUAGUGAAGGUGUUAUUUGGACAAUAUUUACAAAUACAAUUCCAAUAAAUGAAGAUAGUGUAAAUCAAUUACGUCAAAAUCUUAUGAGAAAAGUUUAUCGACCUGUACAACCACUUAAUAAUCGACCAAUUUUUCGAAGUUACUAA